AGCGAGGCCGAGAAUGGGAUUAUUGAAGAAAUUACACUUCAGAAUUUCAUGUGCCAUUCGCAUCUGAGAGUAGCACUCUCACCAAAUGUGAAUUUUAUUAUCGGUCGUAAUGGAAGUAAGUCCUUAAUCUGUUCUUAUUUACGAUUUUGACUUCAAUAUCACACAGGUCUGAUAUCCGAGCAGGGAUGCCGGAACCACGGGUGCAGCGGGUGCAAGUGCACCCCUUGCCUUUUGCAUUUUCAACUUUGUGGGUGCAGUGCAGGUGCAGACUAUGGGUGUAACGGGUACACAAAACUUUUACAACAGACAGAAUUAAACGUCGUUCAAGGAUGUGUGUGGGGGUGUUCCACCCCCCAUUCGUCAGGAAUUCGGCAAAGUUGUUAUCCAUUUGGCGAAAGGUGAACGGAAAGCAUUACUUAUGGAAUUUUUGGCGAGAAAUUACGGAGGAAUUGUGCCUAAAUAAUUGUAUUCGGUCUGAAAACAUUUGGUGACGGGGAGGGAGGUUGACACGAAUGUAGGACCAUGACGCCCUUUCAUUUUCAUUGGUGCCUUUUAUUAAGGAGUAUGCCCUCUUGUUAACCAAUUGCACCCCUUGCCCUCAGCAACUUCCGGCAUCCCUGUAUCCGAGUGCUGGUACCUGGUACUUUAAACCAGACACCUUUUCAGAAAUGGUUAUUCAGCAAGGGUUUUGAUUUUCAGGUGGUAAGAGUGCAAUUAUGACUGCCAUUGUGGUUGGUUUGGGCGGAAAGGCCGCAAACACAAACAGAGGAAGUUCUUUGAAAGGAUUUGUCAAAGACAAAUGCAGGUAAGGUCAAGAUGUGUAUUACUGCUGGCUUCAUUGAAGAAGUUAUUUUUCCAAUGAGGGCAGGUCUAUCGUUGGGGUGCAGGGGGGGGGGGGGUGUGCACCCUGCCUAGUGGUGUCUUGCACCCCCCUAGAGAAGUCCAGCACCACCCUAAAAAAAUUGACUAUACAUUUUCUGCUUUUCAAAUGGUGAUUACCGGAACUUCUACAGUUAGCAUGUGUCGAUUUCUUGAAACGAUUUAUAUAAUUGAUUUGUGAGCUCACAAGAAUGCUUUUGUUGAAUAUCAUGGUUAAAUGUGUAAACAUGUCGAGGUUGUUAUACAGCCAUAUUUUCAAAAUAUACUGUACUUUAACAAGCAAAUUUAAUGUGCUGUGCUAUAGCAGCUGUCCAGUCACACAUACCUGAUAAAAAGCCAAUAUAAACUUUAUAAACAAAUGUAUUAACUUUUCCCCAUAUGAUUGAACAGGCCCCAAGUUGAGUAUAGUUUGUUUGUGAAGUGAUCUACUGUAUAUAUAGUUUGGUUGGUUGGUUGGUUGUAGUUGUGUAUGAAUAUUUGCAUUCUUACAUCUUCUCAUGUCAGUUUCCCAAUGAUGAAUCCAUCCUUGCGCUCAUAGUUAUAUAUUACAUCAUGAUUGAUUGUUAUUUAUUCUCAACAUGAUUGAUUGUGAUAUAUGUGAAGAUUUCUUUAUGGGACUCGUCUCUUGUGUUGCCGCACAUGUGGCGAGCUGAGGGAAACUAGACAACAUCUAACAUUAAGGUGGCUCCCUUAACAGUUAUACUGUGCUGGAGCAACUGUCCAGUCAUGCGUAUGUGAUAAAAAGCUGAUAUAAAUGUUAUAAACAACAGUAAUGUGAAAUGUAACAGAACAGUGAACAUGUAUAUUCAGCCAUCUUAAAAAUUAAAUAAUGGUAAUGUUGGGAUAGUAGCGUUGCAGACUGCAGAGGAGAGUGGACAGUAAGGCUCCCUCAUGCACCACCCCAUGGAAAACCUGCACCUCUCCUUGCAGAUGAGGCGUGAUCCACCUCUGCUAUUACCAGUAAAAUAAGGCACCACUACUUUAAAAAUCUUGCUUUAAGUCCUGACACAUGAAUUCAUUGUUGAUUUAGUACUGCAGUGAUCAAAAUUAAACUGAAAAAUUGUGGUCAAGAUGCGUUCAAACCGGAAGAGUAUGGACAACACAUCACCGUCGAGAGAAGGAUUUCAAGUGAUGGAGUUGGCUCAUAUAAAAUAUCUAAUGCAAAAGGUAACUAAUAAUCUAUGGUAGUUAAUUCAUUCAUAGAUUACUCUGUCUAAAGCUUGGACAAUUUGUCUUUAUUUAGGCAUUACAGUGUCUACCAAAAAGGCUGAGCUUAAUCAUAUUCUUGACCAGUUCAAUAUACAGGUAUUUUGUUUGUAUAAAUAUGGUUUGUAUAAAUAUGUUAUAAAAAUUUUAAUGGUUACAUAUAUUGUGUGACGAUACGAUAGUGUAAACAGUGUCAAUUAUAUUUAUGUUUUAGAUUGAUAAUCCAGUGUCAAUUUUGAACCAAGACACCAGUAGAAAUUUCUUAUAUGCAUCAGAUCCAGGAAAGAAGUAUAAGGUAUAUACCAUCACCAUGCAUCAUCGUCAACAUCAUUACCAUUAUAUCCUACCAUCAUCACAAACAUCACUAUCACAACCAUCAUAAGCACAACUGACAUAAUGAUUGCUUAUUUCCUAUCCUUACAGUUCUUCCUAAAGGCAACUCAACUGGAACAAAUGAACAAUGACUACCUCACCAUACAAGAACAACAGAAAAUAAUGUCAAUUACACUGGAGAAGAAAAAAGAGGUAUGAUACCCACUUCCCGGGAUGAUUUCCCACUGGGAAUGUUAACAAGGGCCGGUUGGGUUAUGUCCCUAACUGACCCUUCCACCGUAGAGGCGUAGACGUCCUUCGUGAUCAGGUUGGCUACUAGAGGUGUCCUAGAAACCUUGGACUCAAUGAAGUUGAGCUGUUAGCUUAGCUCUCAGCUGCAAGUAAGGAUGAUUAAAUAUUUUUAUCUUACUUUAGACAAUUCCAGAGAUGGAGAACGAGGUACAUCAACUUGAGGAAAAGUAUCGAGAUUUAGAACAGUUGAAAGUUCUUGAAGGAAAAAUUGAAGGGUUAAAAAAGGAAAUUGCUUGGGCACAAGUUAUAGAAAAAGAGAAGGUUUGGAUUAUUUCCUUGAUCUGCUGUACGUACUGUCUGUUUUAUUUCAAAGCUCUACAUACUGUCUGUUUUAUUUCGAAGCUCUUCAAACUUAUAGAACUAUCCCGUGUAUAUAAGAUACUGCUUUCCUUUCGUGGUAUCAAAUAAGGACCUUCACACAGAACCACCUACAGUAAACUGCAGUAACACAGGAGCAUUAUAAGCAGGGGUGGAAAAUUAUUUUUUUUCUGGGAACCUGGGUCGAAGGCUAGAAAUUUUCUGCAAAAUUUGCAAUGUUACAAUUACAAUAAUAACAAAACAAAUGCAUAAUUAUCGUAUUAUUUGUACUUUAGUAAUAAUAGGCUUUAGGCUGGUUUUCGUAUGCUCGUACAUCGCAAUAAUUGUCUGUUAUAUACAACAGUUAUGAGUUAUGACCAACUAGUAAGGUGUCCUAUCAUCUUAUUUAUUCCAUUACUUUUAUUUGUUUACCAUUUAAUUUGCAUUUUAUUGGAGACUUUGCAGAGCAUAUAUUUACCAUUUUACCUCCUUGUGAUGGCAGGGGUGGGUAAAAGAAUUAAUUUCUGUCAAAAAUUUAAAAGGCUGCUGAUGUUAGCGUGUACAGUGUAAAUAAAGUAGAAUAGUUGUAACUUGUAAGUUGAGUAAACAGAGUUAUCUCUAAAUGUUGAAAUAUUUUCUGGAAAAUUUUCUGCAAAACUCACAACUCAAAAAAAUUUCUGGUUCCGAUACUUUUUCCACUCCUGAUUAUAAGUUGCUAAGUUGAGUAGUUAUUCUGAAAUUUAAAUAUUUUUUUCAGUACUUCAGUAAUAUACCAGGAUUCAAAAUUCUAGCAUUCGUGUAGUAAAUUUGUGAAGUGGUCUAAAUAGCAGGGUCCGAAAUUUAAAAUGUUUUCGAGUACUUUAGUGAGAUACCAGGAUUCAAAGUCCUAGUAUUCAGUCUGAGAUACUGUAUCCCAUGUCGAUUUUGUGUAUGAAUAUUUGCAUUCUUACAUCUUUUCAUGUCAGUUUCCCAAUGAUGAAUCCAUCCUUGCGCUCAUAGUUAUAUAUUACAUCAUGAUUGAUUGUUAUAUAUUCUCAACAUGAUUGAUUGUGAUAUAUGUGAAGAUUUGUUUAUGGGACUCGUCUCUUGUGUUGCCGCACAGGAGGUGAGCUGAGGGAAACUAGACAACAUAUAACAUUAACAUUUUCAAGUUGAGUUCUGCCUCAAACACAUCUGGUUUUACGCCCUGUCGGCGAGACUAUCAGAAUCAUUUGUGUGUUUCUAUUGAUUUGAAGGAAACGAUUGUUUAUGUUGCAGAAACUGAAGCCUGUAAUUGCAAGCAUUACUACUGAAAAAGAAAGACUCCCUAAAUAUGAUGAAAAACUUCGGGAAUGCGAGGUAAUGUUUGGUUUAUAUUAGAGAAAUUUACUGUGGCCCUCAGCAGAAGCUGGUAUUCGUUCAUCAGCUGGAGAGACUUACAGCUCUACGUACAUGAGUUUCGAGCGAUUCUACUUUUUCUCACGUAUGCAUAUGACUGGACAGUUGCUGUAGCACAGUACAGUAAAUAUGCUUGUUAAAUGUCAAUGUUCAGUGUAUUUGAAAAUAUGGCUGUAUAACAACCUUGACAUGUUUACAUAUUUAACCAUGAUAUUUAAUUAACUAAAGUAUUUCGAGUAUUUUCUUGUUAGCUCACAAAUCGACACACGCUAACAGUAGAAGUUCCAUUAAAAAGCAGAAAAUGUAUGGUCAAGAAGAUUUUUUAGGGUGGCGCUGGACUUCUCUGGGGGGUGUUAGACAGUCUACCCACCUGCACCCACUCGGUAGAUUACCCCCUCCCUGAUAAUCAUAUCCAUCUGUAGCUAUAUAUUGAAAAUACUUCUCUUCUUAGACAACUAUUACAGUAAAAGAAGCGACGUGGGGCGAGGUGAAGACUGACUUCGACCAAAUCUCCAGCGAGAGUGAUCAACUAACUGUUCGUCAAGAAAGCAUCAAUAAGGAAGUGAAGAAAAUGAAAGAUGUUGUCCGAAUGCAUCAGGUGUGUACAUGCAUUCAUGCAGCUAAUAGACCCAUCCGGAAAGACUGCACUUUAGAAUAGCCUACCUUAUGAGACUUAUGAGGCAAAAAUUACCCAAGGCGAGUUGUGUCCUUGAUUUACACAGUACAACUCAAGGUUGCAUGCGACAGUUUUAGACAAAAGUUGUGUGGCGUAAAUAGACCUUUAUACAUGUCAUGAUGAAUUUGAAUGUCGUUCAAUUCUUUGUUCAGAAUGAGUUUAAAAAGAUGCAGCGAGAAUUGCGUAAUACGGAGAGAGAAAGGGAUGAAUUGCAGCAACGGAUAGACGAUAUAACCACAAAGUAAGAUUUAUUUACAAUGUGUGCCUUUUGCCUCUACGGUUAGGGAUGUAGUUGUCUGAUUAUAAUUUUGCCUCACUCGCAUGCAUGUAAGAAGAGCGCUUCCAGUUUGACUUUAUAGACUCUGGUUUUCUUUUGUUCUAACGCUCGACGAAUAUGGGAUGGGCCCUUACUGGACCUCUAGAGAGAACGUUUAAUUAAAGUUAGAGAGAGUUAUCCAGUAUAGAGAAUGUUAGCUUUGUUCAAUUUUUCUCAUUUAGUAACACUGAAAGUUAAUUUCAAACUAUUGCUUUAAAGUGCAUAUGACAUGACAUUUUUUAUAUUCUUAAAUGAAAGAACUCUUUAAGCUGCAGUGUGACUUAUUUUUCAGUUUCUUGUUUUCAUGGUUUGUUACGGAGAUAUUUCAUUUUGUUUGAUAUGUAAAUGAGUGUGAAUAUGUCCGCUAAUUUAUGACGUCACGUUGGUUGCAAGCUCAACUUACACUGGCUAUAUAUCUAUUAACUCUAAAAACUGUAGAUAUCAGUUCACGUUUUUCUCCAGUAUUUUAUCACAUUUACCAGUGAGUGAAGUUAGAAAAUAUUAUCUUGGAUGAUAGCCGUGAUAUUCAACCAUCUUGAAGAGCUUGCAACCAACACGACGUCAUAAAUUAGCGGACAUAUUCGCACUCAUUUACAUACCAAACAAAUUGAAAUAUCUCGGGAACAAACCAUAAAAACAUGAAACUGAAAAAUAAGUUGCACUACAGCUUAAAGAGUUCUUUCAUUUAAGAAAAUAAAAAAAUUCAUGUCAAAUGCACUUUAAAAGAUACUUGACACAGAAAUGAUUUGGUUAUCACUGUUUCAAUUUUACAGAAAAAGUUUCUUUCGAAGUGUAGACUGUAAACCCUAAGGCCAAAUAAAAAUAAUAGUUGGUUUCAGGUUUCCGACCGACCUGUCAAAAAUAUGACCGACCAUAAACAUUUUAUUGACAUUCCCAGUAGAGAUCAUCUUUUCGUAAAUAGCAGAAUAUAUAAAUAGUCAUCAGACUCAUUUGUCUACAAACUAUUUUGUUUGCUUAUAAUUUAAUCAUUAUCUAGUCAUGUUAAAUCAUAGUUUUACACAAAGAACAGUUGAAUAAAAUAUUAAAAACGUUCAUUAUUCUCAGUAUUCUGACAUGGGAUCUACGGCUGAAAAAAGAUAAAAAUGCUUUGAUGCGUUUGUUUCUCGCGAAACACAUGUGGCUUGUAUGUACUGUAACAUGUUUCUCGCGAAACACGGCAUGUAAAAACAAUAAAAACUAAGAGUUUAUAAUUAGUUUUAACAUACUAUUUAUUGCAUACUUGAGAUAAAAUAUUUUUUUUAAAUAAAAUGUUUUUCCAACCUACCUACCCAUAUAAAAAAUGGCUGUGAAACCUGAAACCAACUAUUUUUUUUAUUUGGCCUAAGCAACCAAAAAUGAUCAAAUUUUCACUUUGAACUAUCAUUGAAACUUCACCAAGGGAAGGUGCAUGACUUUUCAGGGGAGGUGCAAAACGAUCUCAGGGGAGGUGUAAAGCGAUCUCAGGGGAAGUGCGCACCUCCACACACUUCCCCUCAAAAUCCUGCUAUGCCUCCUAAUUAUUAACUAAUACUGGACCAAUGUUAACAAGAACUGUUUAGAAUGGUAGAGCUUUCUAGUACAGCUUAGGUUAAGUUUCGUUCUGUGACGAUAGUCGAGUUCCGUUCUAAAUAUUUGUGUGAUGUUUUCCUUCAGCGCAAUGAAAGAUAUCGAGUCGGAACGACUGGAAAGGGAGAAAUUGCUGCAAGAAAAGAGAGAAAACUUGCAAGCAUUUCAGUUUCAACUCAACACAACGAACAAUCAUAAGAACCAAGUCGAAAAUAAUGUCGCCCGUUUAACUGAUCAGAUUUAUCAACUAAGGUAUAAAACCAUGUUUAAAUUAAUCAUUUUGUAUUAAAAGUGACACCUGUUCAUUAUGAUAUCUCAAACGUGGUGGUCCAGUGUAGGUAGUAUUCUACAGUAAGCUGUCGUGGUUUGUGUCUGAACUACCUGAAAAAGAUAUCUCAGACGUGGUGGUCUAGCGUAGGUAGUAUUCUACAAUAAGCUGUCGUGGUUUGUGUUUGAACUACCUGAGAAAGAUACCUCAAAGUGGUGGUCCAGUGUAGGUAGUAUUCUACAAUAAGCUGUCGUGGUUUGUCUCCCUGAAAAAUAUCUCAAAUGUGGGAUCCAGUGCAAGUAUCGUAGUAUUCUACAAUAAGCUACCAGGGUCUGGUAUGCACAGAGUAUAUAUGGUUUGGAGAGACGUACCCUUGUCAGUGAAUUAAUCGGUAAUUAAAUAACGUAUUUUAUUCCUGUUCCUAAAUGGCUAGCUUUUCCUUCAAACAUUCUUUAGAAACGAUGUGAACGAUGCGAGAAAUAACGUUGAACAAUCUCAAAGAAAGCUGAAUUCUCUACGUGAAGGCCAGAAGGACAGUCUGAAAAGAUUUGGCAGCAAAGUUCCAGAGUUAUUACGUAAGAUUGAAACUGCUGUCAGAAGAGGACGCUUUCAUCAACCACCCAAAGGACCUCUUGGU